CUGUAUUCCGCAAACUGCUCCUGUGUGUGUGUGUGCGUGAGCGCGUAUGUGUGUGCGCGCACGCUGGUGCUUGAGUGCGUGAGCGCGAGAAAGAGGAGGUUGUUUCUGUGGACCUGUACGGUGUUUUUUCUGCUUAAUUUCUCACGGAAAUGUUACUCCACCUUGUCUCCGUUGCAGAGCCAUAAGUGAAUGGAUGGAGCAUGUUUUCGAGAAACCCUUAGGACCCGUCGGAGAUGGCCUGGUGUUAUGGCAAUCUGGAAGAAGGACGUUCAUAUUGAGGAAGAACGUCAUGUUCGAGCCAACGAUCGGGACUACAACGAGAGAUUCAGUUAUGCUGACAAUCGCAUCAAGACUGCAAAAUACAACGUCUUCACUUUCCUGCCCAUUAACUUAUUCGAGCAGUUUCAACGUUUUGCGAAUGCCUACUUCCUCGUGCUGCUGAUACUGCAGUUAAUUCCAGAAAUCUCCUCUCUUUCGUGGUUCACCACUAUUGUGCCUUUGGUGUUGGUGCUGGCCAUCACAGCGGUCAAGGAUGCUACUGAUGAUUAUUUCCGCCAUAAAAGUGACCAGCAAGUCAACACCCGGCAGUCUCAGGUACUCAUCAAAGGAAAACUGCAGAAUGAGAAAUGGAUGAACGUAAGAGUGGGUGAUGUUAUCAAACUCGAGAACAAUCAGUUUGUUGCUGCUGACCUUCUCCUCCUCUCUAGCAGUGAGCCCUAUGGACUGUGCUAUAUCGAGACUGCAGAGCUUGAUGGAGAAACCAACCUGAAGGUGCGCCAAGCCUUGACUGUAACCUCAGACCUCGGGGACGAUGUUGCCAAGCUUGCAGACUUUAAUGGGGAAGUCAUCUGCGAGCCUCCCAACAACAAACUGGACAAGUUCAUUGGGACUCUCUACUGGAAGGAUAACAAGUACCCGCUGGACAAUGAGAAGAUGCUCCUGAGAGGAUGUGUGCUCCGUAACACUGAAUGGUGUUUUGGCUUGGUUAUCUUUGCCGGACUCCAAACCAAGCUGAUGCAAAACUGUGGGAGGACAAAGUUCAAAAGGACCAGCAUCGAUAAACUGAUGAACACUUUAGUGCUGUGGAUCUUUGGCUUUCUGAUCUGUAUGGGGAUCAUCCUGGCCAUCGGGAACACUAUUUGGGAGCAGAGUGUCGGCAGUGACUUCUGGGCGUAUCUUCAGUGGAAAGAACUGACAGUCAAUGCCGUCUUCUCUGGCUUUCUGACCUUCUGGUCCUACAUUAUCAUCCUUAACACGGUUGUGCCCAUCUCACUGUAUGUGAGUGUAGAAGUUUUGCGGCUGGGCCAUAGUUACUUUAUAAACUGGGACAGACGAAUGUACUACAGCCGCAAGGACACUCCUGCUGAGGCGCGGACCACCACUCUCAAUGAGGAGCUGGGCCAGGUGGAGUUCAUCUUCUCUGACAAAACCGGCACCCUCACCCAGAACAUCAUGGUGUUCAAUAAGUGCUCCAUCAAUGGGAAGACCUACGGUGAUGUUUUUGAUGAGUUUGGGCAUAAAGUGGACAUUACAGAGAAAACACCAUGUGUGGAUUUCUCCUUCAAUCCACUGAUGGACAGGAAGUUCCGUUUCCAUGACAGCAGCUUGGUGGAGGCCAUCAAGCUGGAAGAGCCCCUGGUGCAGGAAUUCUUCCGUCUGUUAGCACUCUGCCACACCGUCAUGCCAGAAGAGAGAAACGAGGGUGAGCUGGUGUAUCAGGCACAGUCUCCAGAUGAAGGAGCCCUGGUUACUGCGGCUCGCAACUUUGGCUUCGUAUUUCGAUCCAGAACUCCGGAGACCAUCACUUUAUAUGAGAUGGGACAGGCGGUCACCUAUCAGCUGCUGGCCAUCUUAGACUUCAACAAUGUUCGGAAGAGAAUGAGCGUCAUUGUGAGGAACCCAAAGGGGCAGUUAAAGCUUUACUCAAAAGGAGCCGACACAAUACUCUUCGACAGGCUGGACCCGUCUAAUGAAGAGCUCAUGUUUACUACCUCAGAGCACCUUAAUGAGUUCGCCGGGGAGGGUCUGAGAACAUUAGCGCUGGCGUACAAAGACCUUGAUGAAGACGUGUUUGACGAGUGGACGAAGAAGCUGCUGUUCGCCAGCACUGCACUGGACAACAGAGAAGAGAAACUGGGCGCUCUGUAUGAAGAAAUCGAGCAGGGCAUGAUGCUGCUUGGAGCUACAGCCAUAGAGGACAAACUUCAGGAAGGAGUUCCAGAAACUAUCGCCUGCCUGACCUUGGCCAACAUCAAGAUCUGGGUGCUCACCGGGGACAAACUAGAGACGGCGAUGAACAUCGGAUACUCCUGUAACAUGCUCAGAGACGACAUGAACGAGGUCUUUAUCAUCUCAGGUCACACUAUGCUUGAGGUUCAACAGGAGCUCAGGACAGCUAAAGAGAGAAUCAUGGGACCCAGCAAAGACAAAUUCAGCAGUGGCUUGGACAUGGAAAAGACAGAACUGUACUCAGUUGACUCGGUCUUUGAGGAGACCAUCAUUGCAGAGUACGCUUUAAUCAUCAAUGGACACAGUUUGGCUCAUGCCCUGGAGGCGGAGCUGGAGCAGAUCCUGGUGGACGUGGCGUGUCUGUGUAAGUCGGUGAUCUGCUGUCGGGUCACUCCUCUGCAGAAAGCCCUGGUGGUGGAGCUCAUCAAGAGGCACAAGAGAGCCGUCACGCUGGCCAUUGGAGAUGGAGCCAAUGACGUCAGUAUGAUCAAGACGGCUCACAUUGGUGUGGGCAUCAGCGGACAGGAGGGCAUGCAGGCAGUCUUGGCCUCUGACUAUUCCUUCGCCCAGUUCCGCUACCUGCAGCGCCUCCUGCUGGUCCACGGCCGCUGGUCAUAUCACCGCAUGUGCAACUUCCUCUGCUACUUCUUUUACAAGAACUUCGCCUUCACACUGGUGCAUUUCUGGUACGGGUUCCUCUGUGGAUUCUCCGCCCAGACUGUAUAUGACCAGUGGUUCAUCACACUCUUCAACAUCGUCUACACCUCACUUCCUGUUCUGGCCAUGGGUCUGUUUGACCAGGAUGUGAACGAGCAGUACAGUUUACGCUACCCAAACCUGUACAGACCGGGUCAACUGAACCAGCUCUUCAACAAGAGGAAGUUUUUCACCUGUACACUGCAGGGGGUCUACACCUCCUUCAUCCUCUUCUUCAUCCCGUAUGGAGCCUUCAUGCCAGCCGUGCGGGACGACGGCGCUCAAAUUUCCGACCAGCAGGCUUUCGCGGUCACCAUCGCCACCUCUCUGGUCAUCGUGGUCAGUGUUCAGAUUGGGCUUGAUACAAACUACUGGACGGCGGUGAACCACUUCUUCAUAUGGGGCAGUCUAGCAGUUUACUUUGCAAUACUUUUUGCAAUGAACAGCAACGGGAUUUUUACCAUAUUCCCCAAUCAGUUUCCAUUCAUAGGCUCCGCACGUAAUUCUCUGAAUCAGAAGAUCGUGUGGCUGGUCAUCCUCCUCAACACAGUCGUGUGUAUAAUGCCCAUGCUGGCGGUCCGCUUCAUCAAGACUGACCUCUAUCCCACACACACUGACAAGGUGCGUUUACUCCAGCAGGCCACUAGGCGGCAGCGUCCUCAAGAGCAGAACCUCAGGAGAGUCCGCAGGACCAGCUCUAGACGCUCGGCCUACGCUUUCUCCCACCAGCAGGGAUACGGAGAACUCAUCACCUCCGGCAAGAACAUGAAGGUUCCCACAUCCUCCACUUCCACAUACCCGCUGUCCUCACCCUCCCGAGCCCCUGGAGAGAAGGGCACCACCUCAGCCAACAGCAGGCCGAGCGAGCACAAACAAGAGGUGACGGUAGAAGACUUGGAGGCCAGAUAAAAGCCCUUUACUUAGCAUCUGAAGAUUUAGCGUCUGUGUUUUUUGAUAAUUGUGUACAGACUACAGGAGGGCUACACAUGCACAGGAGACUCCAAAGAGCCAGCACAAUGAAGCACAGAUCAUUCCUUUCACCUCAUUUUUCGGUUCCGUCUCAAACGGCGUCUGUUUAAAUUGAACCCGAGAUUCAUUUUUGUAUUCUCACCUCUUCUGGCACACGAUUCAAAAAGUGUGAUGUUUUCUCAAAAAGGCACAGUUUUUGUAUUCUGGGUUUUAAGAACUUCUUUUUAACGCUUUAGGAAAUGUUUUAGACACUCAUGUUUAAAGGAACACUACACCUUUUUUGAUAAAAGGCUUAUUUUACAUCUCCAGUUAAAGAGUUGAGUUCAUUCAGUCGAUCUUCAGAGCACUUUUAGCUAAGCUUAGCACAAAUCAUUGAAUCGGAUUAGACCGUUAGCAUCUCAAAAAUAAAAUUACAAAAAAGUGCUCUGAUAAUUUUCCUAUUUAAAGCUCGACUCUUUUGCAGUGACAUCGUGAACUAAGACUGAUGGAAAGUGAAAAGAUGAUAUUUUUUAAGCUGAUAUGGAACUAUACUCUCAUUCUGGUGUAAUAAUAAUGAAGAAACUUUCCUGCCGUACACUAUGACUGCAGCAGGCGCAAUGAUGCGCAGAUAUUAACUAGUGGUGUAAGCAAGCAUAUGCAUAUAUGCUGCGCUCAAUAUUCAGAUCCUAUGUAAUAUUAUUGCUCCGGCUUCAGCCAUGAUACAGCAGCAAAUCUCCUUGAUUAUUACACCUGAAUGAGUGUAUAGUUCCUAGCCAUAUCAAUCUAGAAAAUAGCUACUUUUCAUUUUCCGUCAGUCUUAGUACACGACAGAAGUGUAUCUACAGAAGAGUCCAGCUUUUAAAUAGGAAAAUUAUCUUUUUUUUUUUUUUUUUUUUUGUGUGAGAUGCUA